AUGAAGCCUUUCACUGCACCUUGGGGAGAGGGUGUCUUGCACGGCACCGUGUUGCAGGCUGUUAUCGUUGUGGCCUGUUCUGCCGGCUUCUAUCUCUUCGGUUACGAUCAGGGCAUCGCGAACGCCCUUUUAUCCAAAGCCGACUUCUUUAUCCAGUAUCCGGUCAUGAAUGAUGCGACCAAGCAGGGAGCUAUCCUCGGCCUAUUUGUUAUCGGAGCAAUGUUUGGCUGCAUUUCCAACUUGGCAAUCGGGAACCGCCUUGGUCGUCGACCGGUGCUCACAGCAGCCGCACUUGGCACUUUGCUUGGUGCCGGCCUGCAAUCAGGCUCUCGCAACUUGGCUAUGUUUAUCGUCUCUCGACUCAUCAACGGCUUUUUCGUCGGUGUUCUCACGUCUAUCGUUCCCCCUUAUAUGGGCGAAGUAUCUAAGACGAGCAUCCGCGGGCUUUUUGUCUCCCUCGAUCUUGUACUCGGGUCUGCCGGACUGAUGACGGCCUUCUGGGUGUCAUACGGGUUCCGAAAUACCCCUGGGCCGAUGGGCUGGCGCAUGCCGCUGGCCUUGCAGGCGAUGUUCGUUCUCAUCACGAUCUGCUGCAUUCCCUUCAUCCCGGAGUCGCCUAGGUGGCUUAUGGAGGCAGGCAGGCGGGACGAUGCUUUGGCAGUCUUGAUCCGCCUCCACGGUCGUGUGUACGCUGACGAAGCCGCUGCUGAGAUUGAGGAGGCUAUCGCACUCGAGCAUGCUACGGCCGUCACCUCGUGGUGGGCGAUCUUCCAGAACAACAAGCAGUGUUUCCGGUACCGCACAUUCCUCGCCGUAGCCGUCAACUCCUUCCAGCAGUUCACAGGUGUCAACACGGCGACCUACUACGCGGGCACGAUUUUCAUGACUGCGUUGGCUAUGCCUCCAGAGAAAGGUCAGCUUGCGCUCGGUGGUCUCGGCAUAUCCGGUCACGUGACGUGUAUCUUUGGGUGUUUCGUCAUGAUUGAGUAUCUGGGUCGUGUGCGGACCAUGAUGCUAGGCUCUGCUACUCAGGCCAUCGCCAUGUGCUUGCUUGCCGGCGGCAUAUCACACAUCGAUGUUCCUGCCGGCGGUUACGUGGGCGCUGUUGGGAUUUACUUAUUCAUCAUGGCCUUUUCCGCUACAUGGCUUCCAUGUGGUUGGCUCUAUGGAGCAGAGGUUACACCCCUCGCUAUCCGUCUGAAGGCCGCCGCACUGGGAAACACGUUGCAGUACGCGUUUAAUUUCAUGAUUGUUCAAGUCACGCCUGUCGGGAUUACCAACCUAGGGUGGAAGUACUACAUACCAUUCGCGAUUAGCAACGCCCUCCUGGUCCCGCUGCUUUACUUCUAUUUCCCCGAAAUCUCGCAGUUGUCGCUCGAGGAGAUUGACGAGCUGUUCUCUGACGGCAAGGUAUACAUGCGCCGCAGCCCCUACGAGAGAAUCGGACACGCACACCUCGAUCACGCGCUUGAAGCAGGCAAACCUGUCAACGCCCCUGAAGGCUCUAUCGAAGGGGAAAAGAACAAUGGAGAAUUCGUGGAACACCAGUGA